CAUUGUUUAUCGCAAUAAAAGUAUUCGCUCAGAAAUUUGAGUCGUAUUUAUCUGAUCACAUUGCACAUAAAUAAAGAAACUGUGUCCAUUUAAAGAUUUUAUCGACAUUUUUUCUUGCAGAACGAGAUUAGUGGUGUUUAGUCAGUGUUCCGCAAACUGCAUUGUAUAUUCAACGAAGUUUAUUUUUUCACGCAAGUUAAGUGUCCAUUCGAAAAUGGCCCAAGUUGCAUCAAAAGUGUGCGAAAUUUGCGAAGGAGGGCAUGGCAAAUAUCAUUGCCAGGAAUGUGAUCAGCUAUUCUGUGAUAAUUGUAAGAUGAUUCAUACACGACAACGGAUAAGUAAAAAUCAUACAUAUCUUACGGUAUCAAACACCAACAUGGAGGACAAAAUGUUUUCUAAUGAUCGUAUGUCUGUGACGAAAGUCAAUCGCCGCUCAACGACAGACCCGAGCGAAUCAACUAAGAACAAACUGGAAAAACUGCAAACAGAAUCGUUGAUGAAAAUUGAAGAAAAGGUAGCAAGAGCGAAAUCAUGCAUAACCCAGAUGGAUGAUACCAGAAAAAGCUACCGGGAGAACAUUAAAAAAGUGAUCCACACCAUUACAGAAGACGGAGACGACUUAAAGAAACUGAUUAAACAGAAAGUGGACGAAUUUAAAAAAAAGAUACGUGAUGAAGAACAGAAGGAAAUAGAAAAAAUGGUGAUAUAUAACAAAGGAUGUAGGGCAGUUUUACAGCAGUUUCAGUCACUGGAAAAGGACAUAAAAGCCGUGGUAGCUACAACCGAUGUCCAUAUACAAUUGCUGCAAAAGAUGAAACAAUUUAACACCGAUGUCGACUCUGUAGAAUUACAGGAAGUUCCCGAUGAGCCUAAUGUGCCAUACAGAAACAAAAAGCUGUCGGACACUGAUCAAGAAAAUCUAUUCGGAGAGUUGCAAUUUCCGGAAGCAUCAUCAACAGGAAGAGAGGUUAGGAAUAAAAAAGAAACGAGGGAUGCAUCAUCUGCACAAAGAACGAUUGUUGAAAACCAAAAUGAAACGAGGUCACAGGACACACAUAAAGAGUACAAGUACAGGAACAACUUUUGUAGGACUGAACAGAUUUUGACUGAGGAACCUGUAUCGAAAAGUGCGAAUAAGUUGUUUGGCGAUAUGUGA